CCCGCGCAUGUGAGCCCAGGAGGGUACAGUUUCACUGACAGACGGUCAUUACGUGAUUAUGAUCCACCGAUCUCCCAUCGAUCUGAUCAGACUCAACCCUUUCAGCGUCUGACCGAUGCCUGUUCCUUGCACGGUGGCUUCUCCAUCGAUACGAGGGGAGACGGCGGCAUCCUCACUGCCUUUGCUACUUUCCUGAAAAGGUGAAGCAGCCUUUAUAAUCACACCGUUAGCCGCUAUGAGACGACUAACGGGAAAGGCGAAGGAGGAAACUUUGAUCGAGCUGCAGAGCGCCUCGGAUUCUCUGAACACAGAUGGCCCUGCUGUUCUGACUGCAUUCAGGAUAAACUUACACUCAGAUGACAGCAGCGGUAAUGGGGUCAAUGCAUUAUGUGAAGGAGGUCCACUGCCUGGACAUUCAGAAACAGAGAGGCUUCAACCAAACAGAGACACAGUGUUCUUCAGAGACGGCGUUCGCAGAAUAGACUUUGUUUUGUCUUAUGUAGACGAUAAAGAUGAGAGGAAGCAGGAAAGGAGAAAGGAAUUUGAGGCCAACCUUCAGAAAGAAGGUCUGGAGCUGGAGACAGAAGACAAAUCGGAGUCGAAAGACCACAAGACGUACUUUUUAAAGAUUCACGCGCCGUGGGAAGUGCUUGCCACUUACGCGGAUGUCCUGAACAUCAAAGUUCCCUUCAAAGACAGUGACAUGCAGCACGGUCCGGACGUCCAUCUGGACUGGCUGUCCUGCCCUUUCCGCCUGCCCGACCACAUCAUGCACCCUCAGACAGACUACUUCACCUACCCCUUUGACAAGAAUAAGAUGGACUUCUUCCUCAUCAAUGACAAAGAAACUUUCUUCCCUCCAUCCACGAGAAACAGAAUUGUGUUUUACAUCCUGGCUCGUGUUCCGUACUACAGAGAGGGUUAUAAGGACAGAGAGAAGACGGGCAUCAAGCGAUUACUCAACAACGGGACGUACACGGCAGCCUUCCCCCUUCACGAUUGUCGGUACUGGAAAAGAGCAAGAAACGCAGAGUGUGAGAGUGAACGCUUCAACUUGUACAAGCACUGGGCGAGGUUUCUCUGCUUUUACAAAGAGCAGCCUCUGAACUUGAUCAAGAAGUAUUACGGAGAAAAGAUCGGGAUCUAUUUUGCUUGGCUGGGCUUCUACACCGAGAUGCUUUUCUUUGCAGCUGUCAUGGGUGUUAUAUGUUUCACCUAUGGAGCGCUCAGCUAUGGCAACAACAAAUCAAGUGAAGAAAUCUGUGAUGCAAACAUCGGCGGCAGCAUAUUGAUGUGUCCUCUCUGUGACAAAAAGUGUCCUUUCUGGAAGCUCAACUCCACCUGUUUCUCGUCCUGGCAAUCCCAUCUGUUUGACAACGAGGGAACCAUAUUCUUUGCCAUAUUUAUGGGGAUUUGGGUAACUCUGUUCCUGGAGUUUUGGAAGCGGCGUCAGGCCCGACUCGAGUACGAAUGGGAUCUGGUGGAUUUUGAGGAGGAGCAGCAGCAGCUUCAAAUCCGCCCAGAGUUCGAGAUCAAAUGCACAAACAGGAGAGAAAACAAGAUCACAAAAGAAAUGGAGCCAUAUCUUCCCGUCACGAGCAAGUGUGCACGUUUCUGCUUCUCUGGAGCCACCGUCAUAUUCUGGAUUUCUUUGAUUGUAGCCUGUAUCAUUGGGGUGAUAGCCUACAGGCUGGCUGUAUACGCUGCCUUUGCAAGCAUCAUUAAGGAUCCAAUGAGAAAGAUCCAGUUGGUGGGCAGAUUCAUCACUCCGCAGCUUGCGACAUCCGUCACUGCUUCCUGCAUCAAUUUUGUCAUCAUCAUGAUCCUGAACUUCUUUUAUGAGAAAGUGGCCAUCUGGAUCACCGAUAUGGAAAUCCCCAAAACUCACCUGGAAUAUGAGAACCGGCUGACGAUAAAGAUAUUUAUGUUCCAGUUUGUCAACUACUACUCGUCCUGCUUCUAUGUGGCCUUCUUCAAGGGGAAGUUUGUGGGUUAUCCCGGCAAGUACUCCUACAUGUUUGGGAAUUUUACCAAACUGAGGAACGAAGAGUGCGAUCCUGGCGGCUGUCUGAUUGAGCUGACCACGCAGCUGGUGAUCGUCAUGGCUGGGAAACAGGUGUGGGGGAACAUUCAGGAGGCUCUGCUCCCGUUGAUGCGCAACUGGUGGAGCAGCAGAAAGGGACGACACAACCCGGAGAACCAUUACAGCCGCUGGGAGCAGGACUACGUUCUGCUGAACUUUAGCCAGAUCGGCCUGUUCUACGAGUACCUCGAGAUGGUGAUCCAGUUUGGCUUCAUCACACUGUUUGUGGCCUCCUUCCCUUUGGCCCCCGUCCUCGCCCUGUUUAAUAACAUCCUCGAAAUCAGAGUGGACGCCUGGAAGUUCACCACCCAGUUCAGGCGACCAGUGGCAUCCAAGGCCCGAAACAUCGGAGCGUGGCAGGAGAUCCUCAAUUCAGUGGCGAUUUUAUCUGUCGUCACCAAUGCUUUUAUCAUGGCCUUUACCUCAGACAUGAUCCCCCGAAUGGUCUACCUGUAUGCCUACAGUAAAGAUGCCAGCAUGAGCGGCUAUAUCAACAACAGCCUGUCAGUGUACAACAUUUCACAGAUACAUCCAGACAACAUGCCUGAGGAGAAUUGGCAUAACUCCACCACCACAUGCAGAUAUCGAGACUACCGUUACCCUCCAGGCCAUGAGAGGCAGUACACCCACACUAUGCAGUUCUGGCACAUCUUGGCAGCCAAAAUGGCCUUCAUUAUUAUCAUGGAACAUGUGGUCUUUGUGGUGAAGUUCUUUGUCGCCUGGCUGAUACCGGACGUCCCGUCAGAUGUGAAGGCGCGAAUUAAACGGGAACGUUACCUGAUCCAGGAGUACCUCCACAAGUACGAAGUGGAGAGACUGAAGGUGCAGUUGAGCGCCAGCUUCAUCACAGAACCUCGGUCGGAAACAUCCCUGACACCGGACAAACAUGAAGUGGUCUCUGAGUGUUCGUAACCUGCAUGCAACACUUCAAAUGAUCCAAGCCAAGAAAAAAAAAAAUUAUUUGUCAGGGUUUUUUUGCAAGGGCUUCCAUCUUCAAAGUGAAAAAUUGUGCUUUUCUUUUUAACAUAAAUGGGCCUUAGCACCUUUUAAGUUGUGCUCGUAUGUUGGAAUCCACUAAAGAAGGCAUUCCAAAAAAAAUAAAAUAAAAUAAAACCUGGAAUUAGUUUUUAUUGUGAUUACUGUAUUUUCCGGACUAUGUUUUUCACCAUAUUCCAUAGUUUGUCUGGUCCUGUGUCUUACAGUCAGGAGUGAAUUAUAAAUGUUUUUUUUCCCCUCUUCAUGAUGCAUUUUUUUUUUUGACUGAUGCAUUAAAUACUAAAUCAUACUGCUGGACAUGAACCAAGGAUUAAACAUUCCCUUCUGCAGCCUGAGCAAAGAUAAUUAUGGCCUGAAAAGAAGACGACUAGAGCUGUGUUCUAGAUAACGUCUAGAUAGAAAUGGAACAUCUAUCGGUGUUACCUUUCGAAACUACUGGAACAACUAUGGAGGCUUGUGAACAGUGUAUAGAGACAUCCUGGCAGCUACCAGCCUGGAGACGCACCGGAAGUGGCCAAAGAGAUGAAUAUAAAUGACUUUCCAGCAGGGCCUUCUUGGUGUUACCACUUCAAUGAGCCCAACCGCCCCGGAUUUACUGCAUGUGUCUGCUCUCCGCCCCACUGCGCACUUCACUGGCCACGCUGAGUCGUGGCACUUCACUGGCCACGCUGAGUCGUGGCACUUCACUGGCCACGACUUCACUAGCUCUAAAGCGCGCUCCCGAUUUAGAGCGCGGGCAUCGAUGUGUCAGAAACCGCCAGCAAACUUCCAAGCCAAAGUUGACCGUUUCUGUGAGCUUGCUGAAAUGCAACUGGACACAUAUGCACUUACUUGGACAUAUCAUGCGGACAAGGUCCCCCUCAUGUUUAGCAAUUUCUAAAUAAAUGUGACUUAUACUUCAAUGUGUCUUACAUAUGUUUUUAUGAAUAAUGCGAGUUAUAUUCCAGAGUGAUGUAUAGUCCGGAAAAUAUGUUAAAAACAAUUUUUUUAAUGCCAUAAAACAUUUUGGAAGAAGUAAAAGAAUAAGAAGUAAAAGAAAGCAAACCUUAUAUCUGCAGCUGCUUCUUUUCUCUAAGAAAUCUUCUUAAACUUUCCAAGUUUGCGAGCUAAAAACUCUUAUGUGCUGUGAUGAAGCUUAAUGUGAUCUUUGACAUGCAAAUUAAAGUGUAGAUACUUUUUAAAAUGCGAUUAUAGUUUUCCAAAUGUUAUUUUCUGCAAUGGAACAUGAAGGACUUAUUUAGACUUAUUUUAUUUAUAUUAUAAAUAGGUAUGUUUCUGACAUAGGUAAUGUGAUUGGAAUAUUACAUAGUGAAACUAUGGAUGUAAAAAAAAAACACAAAUAUUUGAUUAUUUAAGAGUGGAAACAAAGUAAAAAGAUUUUUUUCUCUGUUUCCUUUCAAACUAGUAGCUACAUAAUGUUCACUUGCUCUGAUUUACACUUGCAAUGUUUAAGUUGUACAAUUUUGAUUUGUUAUGGUGUUAAGGAGUAUUAUGUUUAGAGAAAGCCU